AACAUUGAUGGGUUAAACUCAUUCGCCCUUCUCACUGCUAUUAGGGCCUGACCUUAUAAAUCCUCACAGAUAUCCGUCUUUCUCCACAUUCGAAAUUUAGUGGUUGUGCAGUGCAGAAUAUGAGCAGUGGAGCCCACCUGAGUGAUAUCUGGUUGUGAACAUUACACCCAUUCGUGAAUUCCCUGUCGGCAAAGCAAAGAGAGAGACUCUAUAGUUUCCUCCACUAAUACUAGUGGUUAUCAAUCAAUUAAUUCCUGUCUAGGGUUUCGUAGGGCUUUUGCAACUGAACAAAAUGGAAACCCAAAAUCAGAAGGCCAUUUCUAGCGUCAGGGCCAAUUCCUUGGUGGCGCAGAAAUGGAUGAGCUUCGUUGCUUCAAUCUGGAUCAUGGCAAUAAGUGGCUCUAAUUUUGAUUUCUCAAUAUAUUCCUCAACUUUAAAGACAGUUAUGAAUAUUGAUCAGAUCAAGCUCAAUAAUUUAGCUGUGGCGUCAGAUCUGGGAAAACUCAUCGGCUGGGUAUCUGGCAUGGCUUGCAUGGUUUUGCCUACGUGGGCCGUUCUAGGCAUUGCUGUUUCCUUGGGUAUGAUGGGCUAUGGUCUUCAAUGGCUGGUUGUGAGUGGAACAAUCGCUCCCCUGCCCUAUUGGGUGAUGUAUAUAAUGUGCAUGAUGGCGGGCAACAGCAUCUGUUGGUUGAAUACAGUGUGUUUCAGGGUGGCGAUAAGUAAUUUUCCUGGCAAGAGAGGAGUUGCUUCUGGUCUGAGCACCAGCUAUUCAGGGCUAAGCACAGUCAUUUACACAAAUCUCGCCAAAGUCAUAAAACCCAACAGCCCCUCCUUUUAUUUGCUCUUGAAUGCCUUCGUUCCUGUAAUUGUUUGUGCCAUCAGCGUGUUCUUCAUCAAGAAUCCGCAGCCGAAUUCUGCCAUUAAAGACGAAGAUGAAAGCAGAGACAUGCAUAUAUUCACCUUCAUUGCAAUUGUGACGGCGCUCUAUUCCAUCGUUUAUGAGUUCCUCCCCCACGGAGAGAAAGCCCACGAAGGGGCGUACAUGGCUGUGCUGGUUUUUCUCGUCCUCUCCCUUCUGUACGUCCCUGUCAAAGCCGCCUUGCGCAUGAAGAAGCUCGAAAGGAGCGCCUCCACACGGGUGACUGACAUCGAAACCGCCACAGAGAUGAGAUCAUCUGCGGACGAAAAGAACUGGGGAGAAUACAUGCAAGAAAUCGGCGCAAUAGAUCUCAGUAGUGAAUACAAGGAUUUCUGUGACUCCCGCCGUCAAAAUUCAAACCACCUUCAAGCUGUGCAAAACCACAACCCAGUGGAUGAUAUGGAUCAACAAGGGAUUACAGAAAUUGUUAAAAAACCCGGCUUUUUAAAACCAGUGCCACCCGUGGGAGAGGAGCAUGGCGUGACACAGUUGCUCCGAAGCCUGGAUUUCUGGUUGUAUUAUUUUGUCUAUUUCUGUGGAGGAACUGUGGGACUGGUUUACAUCAAUAAUCUGGGCCAGAUAACGCAAUCGCUGGGAUACUCCAAAACCCCAAAAUUGGUCUCGCUUGUCUCAUCCUUUGGAUUCCUUGGGCGAAUUGCAUCCGGAUUACCUGACUAUUUUCAGAGCAUUAAUCGAGGGUUACCAAGGCCAACUUGGUUAGGAAUAUGGACAUUGCCCAUGGUACCUGCCUUAUUUUUCUUGGCUUUCUUUGAUGAAAAGCAAUGGAUUUUGUAUGGUAGCACUGCUAUAAUUGGCAUCUCUGCAGGGGCCAUAACUAGUGUAGCAGUACCAACAUCUUCAGAACUAUUUGGCAUGGAGCAUUUUGGUGUGAACCAUAACAUUCUCAUUUCCAAUAUUGCUUUUGGCUCUCUUCUCUUUGGUGACUUGGCAGGAAUGAUGUAUGAUCACACUUCAUCUUCAACUGUUACCAACAAUAAAGCAGUUAAUUGCUUGGGAAAAGCUUGCUAUGCCAAGACAUUUUUGAUGUGGGGAGGUGUUUGUUCUUUUGGACUUCUACUCAGUAUAGUUUUAUGUUUUAGAACGUUGAAAUUGUACAAAACUCUAUAUAGAAAAGAUACAACACAAAUUGAUAUAUCUCAAAGGUAAUUAGACGUUGAGAAAUAAAAAGAAAAUGGGAGUAUAUGAAGAGUUUGAUGGCUUUUUACAUAUCUAUAUGGUUGUAAAGAUAGCCACCUUUUUACUGUAAUUGAUUUUAUAUAUCCAAACCAAUUUUUCCUUA